AUGGCUCAAUCCCAGCAGCAUGGCAAGAGGCAAGGUAGAGAUGAUGAUUGUAUGACGCAUCACGUGGUAAAAGAACAAAUUACCUCCUUUGAGAAAUGUUCAGUUUGCCACGGACCAUACGUCUCGCUCAAGUGGUGGGGGCUGAGGUGUAAAGAAAAGAAAAACGACACAGAUCUUUGCUCGUGGCUACAAAAAGUAAUGACGAACCAGCAGGAGGCCCUGCCCUUCAGUCAAAGUUCGUGGCUCCAAAAAACGCUGAACCAGAAGAAGGCCCCGCUCCUCAUUCAAAGCCUCAGUCUCAGCUCGUGGCUACAAAAAGUAAUGAUGAACCAGCAGGAGGCCCUGCCCUUCAGUCAAAGGAUGAAUCUGAUAUCAGUGAAGAGGAGGUAUCGGAUAAUAUUGGUGAUCCAGACUAUGUUCCUCCCUCUCAAUCUGAUACCGAAGAUGAAGCGUCAAAUAGUGCAAACUCUAAAUCAGUGGUUGCGGAAGCAUUUUGGCUGUAUCAUCCCGUGGACUUGGGUGACACCAACAGCGACCUUACCAAAGGAGAAGAUGACACAACCACUCUAG